UGGUGCAGAAAAGCUGAGUGGUCUAUAUGGGGCAAUGCGUGUCUCGUAAGGCGGGCGCUGUUAUCGCAGCAUCGUCGUACCGAAUCAUGGACAAGCCCGCCAAGAAUCAGAGACAUGGAUUAUCGACAUGGAUUCCGCUAUAAAGAGGACAAUGAUAUGGAGAACGAUAAAGAUUGCGCCACCAAUUUCUAUUUCACUUCGGACGACAGCAAAGUCGCUUCGAAGAGAGGCGCGCCACAAACACGAGGCACCGCGAUAUCCUUCGGCUUCCGGCGUCGGUCCCGCGGAGACGGGCACCACCAGCCGAUAAAAAGCUACGAGGAAGACCUGCCACCUCGCUCCAAAUCCCUGGGCCCGGAGCAGGUGCGAAGACGACUGGACGAGGAUGACCGCCACCAGCGAGUCCAGAGCGCCUCGUCAGGUCGCUCAACACCGCGCCUCGCGCCUCCGAAAAAAGAGAUCGUCGGCAAUGUCAGGAUGAACCGGUUCGGGUUCCGGCAGCCUCAGCCCGGCAGGUACACCGACAAAGUCGCGGACUGCGCCAGCCACAGCGCCAGUCACUUCAACCAGGAAAAAUCUCCUCAUCACCAACAACAACAACAGCAACAACAACAACAACAACAAAAACAAGAGCGUUCAAGAACCAGCCAGCCUCCUCCAAAGCUUCGGCCCUCUCCAGUGAAUAACCCUCCGGCUUACAACUCAGUCCCGAGCAACUUGACUGAGACUAACCGCAUACCCAGGGUGACCAGUACCAAUGCUAAUAACAUUCCAGAACCGGUUAGCAAGUACACUCUGCAUACCAGCCACCUUCCGUUGCCUCAGUACGCGGUUAGAGUGACCGACGCGAACUCCAAGAUCGCCAAGACAGUCGCUAAUCAAAACAGAAAGGUCUCGACAGCUUCUAAAAGCUCCGCGGGCUCGCAGUCCGGGUCCGGGACUGAGGAUUCUGGGAUCGGGAGUGGAUGUCAGCCUGGGUAUCUUAUAGAUCACGAGAUGUCCAUGCUGGAUGUCAACCCUGGAGCAUCCUCGGUGAGGAGGAUCCAGGUCAGGCCCAGAAAUUUAAGGAUGGUCGUUAAUGGAAAGAGCUUUGAUGUGAGAGACGUCGAUGAUGACAACACAGUCACCGAAAUCUCGGUGAUUCCUUUACCAAAGGCGUUCGCUAGUGUGAACCUCAGCACGGGGCUAGUAAGAGAACGGACCAGCCAGUUCCACCAGAGGAUAGCUAAUAACAAGGACAACAGGUACUGCACUACAGAGUCCAUCACCUCGAUGUCAACAACUUCUUCUGAAGGGUACGACGAGGGACUGGGUGAAGAAAAGGUUUUUAAAGAUCGCUCUCGCUCUGAGAAAGUCCCCUCGAUUAAAUCCGACUUCAGUCCACCUAGCUCAGACGACCCAGAGUACGGCCACGGCGAGGCCAUGGCUGAUGAGUACUCCUUCAGCUCCAGUGACGAGUGUCGCGCUAAUCAGCGUCUCAACAACCAGCGGGUUAAUGCUGUGGCUGCUACUCAAGUUGCGGGCUUGAAUGUGCAAAAGAAUUCUCUGCGCUCGGUGAUGCUCACUAUUGAAGAUCCCGCCUUCGCGGCGGCUGCAGCUUCUUCUACUACUCUUAUUGAUGAUGAGACCUCCCCGGUUGAUAGUUUGGUGGACAGCCUUACGGCGAGUAUCACUCAGUCGGAUGGACAAGCUUCUAAAAGGGAAAAGAUUCCGGAUAAGGUGAUCGGGAAUGUUGAGGAUGAUUCGCCGGGAACUCCGACUAACGCUUCUAAUUCGCUUAGUUUGUCUGAGGGCAGGGAGUACUUUGAUGAUGAAAUUGCGGAUCAGCCUGGGUUGAUUUUUGAUGAUACUACCAGGGUUGCGCAAGAAAAUCUUUCUGGGAGAGUUAGUCGACAAGUUACCGACAGUAGCAAUACUUUGAUGGAACCUGUUAAUAAGACGAAUUCAGUACAAGGAAAACACAUUGAAAACAGUCCACUAAAUUGCCGAAGAAUCAGCAGAACUGGAAGUGUUGACACUCUGUCACCCUGUGAAUCAAUAACUUCUGAUGAUUUAAUGCUGGACUAUGAACGUAGUGAAACCAGCUCUUUUGAUGAACCUCAUCGAAGAUUUGAAUCAAGUCCAGCGAUCCACGAAAUGGACGACGCGACAAUCCUCUCGGAGCUCGAGGCCCAGGGCGAGGAAGUGAUGAGAGAGUGGUCGUCACUCCUGGGGACUCAUCCCCAAAUUUCAAACUCAAAUUUGACCAACAACAACUUGGUCCCCAGCAACAACACCAACAUCAACCAGCAAAUCUCCGAAUCUGGUGCACUUAUUAAGCGAGUGAAGCAAUUGCAAAUCGAGGAUGAGGAGGCUACGGCGAUGGCCUCUAAUCCAGAAGAUAAAGGCGCCAAGAGACGUGUAACGUUGAUUCCGCGGGUUAAAGUGUCUGCGAAUCCCGGGGUGGUAAAUAGAACCACAGUUGACCUAAAUAACUUGCAAAUAAGCGAUAAUGCCGAGGGAAAAGAUUCCGGAUUGUCAUCCGAGAGCACGACGCCGACCGGUGGGUCCCCGCCUCCAAGACACUCAAAAUUAAUAGCGACUUUAUCAGCCGCUAAUCGGGGCAAAGUUGACCCAAGAAUCGGAAGUGCAAGAACUUCUAGGCUGUUGCGCAGCAGAACUGGCACCGACUCACCCCGUUCUUUGGACAGCGUAAGAACACGACAGGUUCCCAGUCCUUUCAGGCCGGUGUUAACAGCUAACGGUCAAUCCCCGAGUCUUGACUCUGGCGACGAAGGAAGCCCCAGGCUAGAGCGAUGUAAUUACCAGCAAGACAUCGUUUACAUCAAGACCGGCACCGAUUCAAGCGGCUUAUUAUCAAACGGAGCACUAAAUAUUGCCGACGAAUUGACUGACUUACGUAGACAAGUAAUAUUCCUCCAAGGACAAUUAGAAGAUAAGGACAGAGCGAUACAAAAUUUGCAGCUGCAAGUCGCUAAGCAGCAGGACUUGAUAAACAGCGUGGACUCUCAAAAUAGCAGUGUUUCGUAUGGUAGUUCCACGAAAGACAUGUCUAACGCUGCUACUCAGACUGAAAAGAUUCGUCCGAUAUCAGCAGGACCAUCAUUAUUGCAAGGAUUUCCGCAAGACAAUGGCAUGGGGCCUCUCGUUAGCAAUGGUACGAGUAGCAGUAGCACUAAAAUUAAUCGGAAGAUUGAACGCCCGCGAACAAUUAGGCCCCGCCAGGAACAAACUCAACCAUCAAAUCGUUUACUUAAUGGCAAUAGUAGUAUUACGAACUCUAUCAACCUAAACAAUAACGGAGUCGCUGAGCUAGAAAAAGAAAAAUCUCAAAUCCAACCGAAUUCUGUAGUGAGAAGAAUAAUCAAGCCCCGUGACUCCGCGAGCCAAAUAAUCGACGACGAAUUCACUAAAGACAAGUCUGAAGCACCCAAAUCAUGCAUACCCGCGCUGAAAAAACCGACGCCGCGAGUCACGAGGCAGACAAAAAUAUUUCCA